AUGAGUUAAAGAACACCUUUGAUUUUAAUUUUGCUAAAAAUUCCUGUUAGCGUAUUUCUAUUCAUCUCCUAAUUUAGUGGUACUUUAUUGUACACACCUACAUAUUUGUAUUUUCUUGCAAUUAAGUCCUUCGUUUUCAACUAAAAAUUUGAGAGCAGUUCCAGCUUUUAUGCCAUGUUCUUCGUUCCUAGGGCGUUGUUAGUAGCCUUGGGUUUUAUAUUUGCUAUUGCGUAAAUGCUGUUCGUUUACAAUUUUAUGAUGGACAUAACUCAUUAAGAGGGUAGUUUAAUGCAAUAUGUAACUCUGUUUUCAACAAUAUUUUGUCUUUCUUUCCUAUUUAGGAGAGGAUACAAGUAGCUGUUUGAGAAAUGGAAGUUUCCUCAAUUAAAAAGUGUAAUAGAACACCUCGAAAUCCUACUUUUAUUUUUGAAAGAUAUGCUCAGCUUGGUUUUAACUUUGGUUGUAAUAUUGCUCAUAGUAAGAAUAAGAAAUUUAAUAAAUUACAAGUAAAAGAGCAAUUAAUAAAAUCAAUACUUAUUAUUUGUUUGGAAGAUGGCCUACUACAGCUUAUUUGAAGAUAUUGGAUUACUAGGAUAUCUGUUUCUCCACAUUUUUAGGUGGAGAUUACAGUUGACAAAGGAUUAAAUGAAAUAAACGAAGUAUAAAAUUUAAGAAUUGUAUAUUGUCUACGAAUAAGUAUUCCAUACUUUAAUAGAAAUUGUUUUAAGUCCUCUGCUUUUAAUUAUGAUAAUAUUGAGUAAGUUUUCUAGAAGGUCUGUAAUAUUAAUGAUAAAAGUUUUUCCUAUUGAAAUGGUAAAGAGAAUAGUUUUUGAUCAUUUCAUAGAGUUCUUAUAGGAAACAAUUAGAUUCUUUCUAUUUUGUGUUGGAUGCUUAAUCCUUCCAUAUAAAAUUAAGCUUAUUCCUCACAUUUUUAGUUUAUACGAUGAAAUCUUUAAAUAAAUAAAAGACUAACUCAAUGGAAAAGAAUAUUAAAAUCACAGUCUGGAGAAUUACCUCAAGCUGUAAUAGGAAGCCAAAGAUAAUCUAAAACAGCCUGCUAUUAAAAUGCAGAAUUAUUUUAUUUUAACUCACUUAUUUGACAUAAUAGCUAUAAUUUGCUUAUUGUUACAAGCUGUGACAAUUUUUUAUUUAAAAAGGCUGAAUUUAGUACUAAAGAAAGAAUAAUUAUCUUACAACUAUUUUCAGAAAUUUACAAAAGAAUAUGAUGAUCAAAUAAAUUCAAUUAGAAAAGAAAGGAAAUUGAGCUACUCAAAUUUAAAUUUACGUGUCUAAGGAAUUAUUAUAGUUGGGUUCUUGAAAAUGCUAUUUGACAUUCCUUUUUAUAUCAUUGGACUAUUAUCCAUUAUUGUUGCACCAUGGAGAGCUAUUGAUUUUAGGUCAAGUGAAUAUAAAAAAAUGAAGUAUAUGGAUAGAAGAGUUUUUGCAGUAAAAUCCUUAGUGAAUUCUGUUAUUGACUGGUUUGUAAUCAUACUAUUUGCUGUUGCAUUUAUUUUUACUUCAUUAUUUAGAUGGUCUUAUAUAAAAAAGACAAUCUCAGCAAUUCUAAAGAAUGAUAAAGCUAAUGCUAUAAUUCCUGAUUCAAAUUUUGAGAAUUAUAAUAACGACUUUAUAUUUAAUAACCUUUAGUUAUUCAUGAUUGAUUAUUUUAUCUCAGCUUUAUUUGACAUUUUUUACUCACCUUUGUUCUUAAUUAGUUUUUCUCCUAUCUAUACAAUUAAAAUAUACACAUAGAUUUAUAGUAGUAAUGAUAUAAAGUAGCAUGAACUCACUAAAAGUAGAAGAGUCAUUUUUACUGUGCUAAAAUAUUUAUUAAUAGACUUAUCGUUUAUUCUUUUAUUCGCUAUUAUCAAUAUUACAUAUUACAAAAGAAGUUAUUACUACAGCCAAUUAUAAAAAGUAGAAGAAUCUGCUUUAAACUAAUACUUAAAAUAAUAACGUAUUGAAAAUUAAAAUAAUAAAAAGAAUAAAUCUAAUUAGGACUAAUAGCUUAAGAAUAAAAAAGAUAAAUAAGAUAAGGAAAGCAGUGAAUAGCAAGAUUCAGAUAAAAAUGAAUCAUAAUCUUAAAUUAAAGACAUGAAAGUCAAAAAUAAACUUUAACAACAAGUUAAAGAAAAAGAUCCAGUCAAAUAAAAUAAUGAUGAAGUUCAAGCAAUAGGAUAAUCUUAAAUUUCUGAGAUUCAAAAAAAAUACUUCAUAAGAACAUUAAAGCUAGGUUUUCUAAUUCUAAUAUUUUACUUUAUCAUUCUAGAUAUAAUUUCAUUAAUCUCUCGUAGCUUUAUUCUCUUAACUUAUGUAAAAGAGAAAAAAUAUCGCUUAGUUUUAUCUCAAAAACUUGAAGAAUUGCAAAAGAAAGAAAAAUGUGAUUUUGUAGAUAUUAUCAUCGAUUAUGAACAUUUUAAGUUCAAGCUUAAAUUUAAAAUUUCGAUCAAACUUGCUAUUUAAAUUAUAGUAGCCUUUUUAUGCAUUUGCUUUUCUGUAGUUUCUACUUGGAGAAUACCUUUCUUGAUUAUGAUUAUUAGAAGUAAGUUCUUCAUAAAAUAACUUAUUGGGAAAGAAAAACUAAAAACACCUAUUCACUUUUCUAUCGUUUAUGGAAUUACUUUUGUUGCUUAUAUUUUAGAUUUGAUAUAUUUUCCAUUGAUACUGGUAUCUUCUUUAAUGAAUCCACUAGUUGUAGUUAAUUACAUAAAAAACAUUACCUACAGAUACAGAGAGAAGAUAAAUGAAAGUCUUAUGAGCUAAGUUUACACUCACAAAAGAAUUAUAUUCCAUUAUGUCUUUGUAUCAGCACUUAGAGACAUUACUAUGAUGUUUAAAUUGAUAUGUGUUUUAUUAACUGGUAUUCGUGUUCCAUUUUUAAUCUUAAUGUCUAGAAAGAAUUUGUUAAACAUCAGUUCUAUUUAUACAGAAUUUUAUUCAAUGGUUAAACCCUAGAGUAAUAAAAUUUCUUCUCAAGAAUCAGAAGCCAAAAAGUCAAAGAUAGGACAAGCUAUUAAUAAACUAUCUAACAAAAUUAAUGAAGAAAAAGAUGAAAAUAAAUAAAAUUAAUAGUAAGUUGAUUCGCUUACUGAGUUCAUUAAAGAGAGGUAAUAUAUGUCAAAGAAGCUUACUUUUAGGAAAUGCGUGAAUGUUUCAUUUGUAGAAAUGCUAUAAGACAUUCCUCUAGUUAUAUUUUCUAUUUUGAUUGUAAUAGUAUUUCCAUGGAGACUUUUUUCAAUUAUUCGCCUCUGGAAACAAACAUUAUUAAAAAUACCCUAAAUAGAAGACUAAUAUGGUCGAGUAAAAUUAUAAUCAGUGAGAACUGACUUAAUAAGGCUAUUUGGUAAUGUCUUCUCUUACGACUUGCCAUGCAUAAUUUUGAACUGUAUACUUAUUUUGAGCAUAUACAAAAUUCCUAAGGUAAUCCACUUGUUAACAUUCUAAUUGAGAAAAACAUUUAGAAAGAAGAAUACAUAUGCCUAUGAUAUUUUGGAAAAUUUUGAUUAUAGGAAAGAGCUGAAGAAACAGGUGAAGUAAGUUUGGUAGGAUGUUUAAACAUGGUCAUAAUAUUUAAUAAUUCACUUGCUUUUUAUUAGAAUUAAAAACUUAAGACGUAGAUUAAACAGGUUUGAUAACAAGAAAUAAACAUUAGAAAAGCUAAGGCUGUAUUCUCUGCUUAAUCCUAUACCAGUUGAAGACCGUCCUACAAGAGCUUGUAUGUAAACUCUCUCUUUUAAUGUGUAUAGUAGAAUAGCCGAUUUUUUGGAUGUUAAAGAUUUAGGUUCUAUGCUUUUAACAAAUAGAAAAUUGCAUAUUUUUACUAAAUAAGAAAUAAUUUGGCAACAUUUAUUUGAAAAUAAGUUUAGCUAAUUCAACAUUCACUUUUACUAAGAUACAUUCAAAUUAAAAUGCAUUGAGGGUUAUAUUUAUGAACAAAAGUAGUAAAUAGGUAAGCCUAUUUCCGAAGAAAUAAGAGAUGAUAUCAUAGGUAGAAAUCAUAUUAUCUUCGAUGAAUACUUAUUAUCACUAUUCGAGUUUCCAAGUUUUUUGGCAGAAGGAUUUUCACAAAAAGUAUCUAAACUUUUAUUAGCUCUUCCUUAGAAUUAAGCUUCUUACAACCAACUAAAAUAAAAUUAUAAUAAAUCUUACUAUAUAAGCUUUCUUAGUAAAAAUGUUGAUAGCAUUGUUACUGAAAUGGUUUAAUUCGAAGUUAAUGAGUAGGGACUUUUGUAAAAAGAAAAAAGUGUUGUUUUUAUUCAGAGAUUUAUUUAUACAUUUUUGAAUUUCUUUGAAAACUAUGUUUAUUACUUAUCGUUAUUCCCUUAGAAAAUUCUAAAAAUUUUAAAUGCUGGAGAUCCUAAAAUCUACCAUCUAGAUCAUAUUCCUAGAUAAAAUUUAAUUAUGCCAUAAGAAGCUUAGCCUUACCCUACUUUUAAGUCAUUAGUUUACUGCUUCUUUUAGACUUUUGGCUAGAUAGCUAUUCUUACUUUCUUCUAGACUUUGUUUUUAGGUUGUUUUGAAUACAAAUACUUUUACUUAGGAGGUUCAUUUUUAGAAUCUAUAUUCUGGCCAAAUCCACUAUUUUUGCUAAUACAACUUGUAGCAAGCAUAUAUUUAAUUAUCCACUAAAGAGUGUUUUUGCUGAGAGUGUAUUUAUAUUUUAGGCCAAUAGCUUUCUAUAUAUACUUGUUUAAGAAGAUAGCCAAAUUUGUAAAAUACGUUCUAACAAAAUUAAAAAAUAUGUUAAAAGCAGCUACAAUUGGUACACAUUACAAAUACAGUAAAUUAUUUUUUAAAGAAUGCUUAAAUUUAAUUUAGUUUUUUUUAUUAGCUGAGACAGAUGAUAAGAUUUAGCAAAAAUGGAUAUUAUUAACUCCUAACAAAUGUUUUUUACUUCUUUAGCAAAUUUAAUCUAUUAGGAGAUCUUAUAUUUACUAUUUUUGUCUUUGUUUGGAUGUUUUGGCCACUUGCAAUCGCCUACCACUUUAAGCUAACAUCGUUAUGGAUAUCUGCAGUAUUGAUUAGUCUUGUGUUAAUGGUGAAAGGGUAUUUAUUGAUUAAAAAAAUUUCAGCUAAGUGAGAUAUAUAAUUUUUUUUAUAUAAUUCAAUCAACUAAAUUCAAUGAAUAUUUAUUUAAAUAGCUUUAAAUCAAUAUUUUUUAAUUAUUUAACUUUCUGUUUGACUUUUAUCUGA